ACAUACUAAAGAUAAACAUGGCUGCGCGUUGGAUCGGAAGCGGUCCCCCAAAAUUUUCAGCCAAUGACACAUGAACUGAAUAUGUAUGGCGCAUCUCUCCUACAGGAUCCCUUAUAUUCCUUACAUUUAUUCUCCAGAUAUCGAAGAGAGAAGACGCGUUUUAUAUUUAGUCUUGUCCGCCUUUUCCGCCUUUCUUUAUACCGCCAUUUUAUAUUAAAGAAUAAAGUCUUUAAACCACGUGUCUUGGUUCAUUACUAAAAAUAAUAAGUAAAAGUUUAUAUCGUGGAAACUAUAAAUUCUAAACGUAAACGAACGUACGAGGAUAUAUCAGUAAGCUAUCCAGUGUUUUUCUCAACAUAUGUUAUUUGGGGAACUAAAGGUAAAUAAAGUGACCAAUAAUUGAAAAGCAAUCCACUAUUGACGACUUGUUAUUGAUAUCAUUAAAAAGAACCGGAAGAAACAUUUAACAUGGGGAAUAAUUCUGAAAAUGUCGAUGAUGUACGAAAAAUAAUAUUAGCUUUAUUAGUUUCUCGAAAAGAUCCUCUUUCUUUACAAGCAUUAGCUAAAGAUUAUUUUGACCAGGAAGGUGAAUCUAUACCAUGGAAAGAAUUAGGGUAUGCUUCAUUAUUAGAUUAUUUGAAAAGCUUAUCAGAUUGUGUAUCUUUAGAAAAAAUUGAUGGUACAUAUUAUGCUCGUGGUAUUGCUAAUAAAUCUAAACAUAUUAGUUUAUUGGUAGCAAGACAGAAAACAUAUUUAAAAAAUCAAUCUUGCGUACGUAAAUAUAGACCCAGCCAAUAUUAUCCAUUUGCAUCAAUGCCGAAGAUUUGCGUACCUGCUAAUAUAUUAAGCGAUUUAGUAUUGAUGAUUAAACAAUGUCCACAUGGUAUUAAUAAAGAUUAUGUGUUAAAAUGGUUGAAUAUUCAAUUACCAGAGUUAAACUUGUCUAUAACAGAUCUGGAAAACUUAGUAAAAACUAUGUCGCAUAAAAUAUAUACAGAUGGACAUAGAAUCUUUUCAUUUCAGAAUGAAAAUAAAUCUGAUAAAUAUUGGGGUACAAAAACUUCACUAACGGAAGAAAAUGAAUAUCUACAGUUUAAAGAUUAUGAGAAAUCUAGGUAUGUUGUUAGUGGGGAUACCGAAUCUGAGAAAGAAUCAGAUGGUGAUGUAAAGAAGAAUCAGAUGAUGAAGAGUAAAGAUAAUAAAAAGCAAAUUUUUAAGAACCAACCUAUUUCUACAUUUAUAGAAACGACUGCAUCUGACUUUCAUAAACAAGUUAAUAAUUAUACACAACAAUAUAGUUCGGAAAUUAAUGCUUCUUUAGAUAAUCAUUUACAAAAAUAUCACGAAGAGGAUAUUACACUUUUUGAUAAAAAGAAUAUAAGAUUACUUAUAAGUGAUAAAAAUAUGUAUCGACUAGAAAAACUCAUUGAAAAACAUCCAAAUGGUAUUUGGUGCGCAGAUCUUCCUAAAAAGUAUCUAGAAGAAUAUCAUGUACCUUUGAAUUAUGACGAACUAGGUUUCAGUAGUGUACGAGAAUUUGCAUCGUGUUUGCCAGAAAUCUUUCAUUGUAAAAAACUUUCACAAUCAGAGGAUUUUAUUCUUUAUAAUGCUAAAGAUGAAUUAAUUGAUAUCAAUGAAAAAAUACCUCCAAAAAAAGUUGGAUCGUACACUCAAUCGCAUUUGAUAGAAAAUGAAACAAACGCUUUGCCUGUCAUAUUAUCAAAUAAUACGUCUAACAAACUAAUCCCAGAAGACGUAAUGACUCUAGGAGAAUCUGUAGAACAAAUAUAUGUAAAAAAUCUACAAAAUGGACCACAGCAAUGCGUAGAAGUUUAUGUUGAAGAAGUAUUUACACCAUCAUUAUUUUGGAUACAACUUCGUAAGGAACGAAAACAUUUUUCAAAGUUGAUGGAUGCUCUUCAUAUAUUUUACGAAGAACACUUCUUAAAUUAUAAAAUUCCUAUUGCUGUGCUUGAAAAAGGUUUAAAUUGUGCAUGCAAAUAUGAUAAUAUUUGGCAUAGAGGGAUAAUUAAAUCUGUUAGAUAUGAUCUACACGUAACCAUAAUGUUUUACGAUUUUGGAACGUUGAAAACUUAUUCGCCUGAUGAAAUAUUCUAUUUACAUCGAUCAUUUUCGUAUUUACCAGCUCAAGCAAUACCAUGUGGCUUGUACAAUAUUAAACCAUGUGUUGGAGAAAAAUGGUCACAGAAUGUUACGCAAGAAUUUGCUUGUAAAAUUUAUGAACAACCUCUUGUUGCAACUGUAGUAUCAACUGAUCCAGAGAAUAAUUCUAUGCUGGUAACUUUGACUGAUACACAAGAAGAAGAGGAUGUACAUAUUAAUGAUUGGAUGAUUCAUCAAAAUCUGGCAGUAUGUGGACAAAUGGGUGAUGUAGUUGACAUGAGUAAUUUAAUGUUAUUUGUGGAGGAAAAUUUACUUUAUAAUCCAGAAAAAUGUUAUGAAAAGGAUUAUGAUAUUCCUAAUGUAAAAGAUGAUGAAAUUCAUAACAACGGUACAGAAAACAUUCCUUUGAUAUCACCUAAGAGCACAUUACCUAAAAACGCAUGCAAAAUGGAUUUUAAAACAAAUUUUAAGCCAUUUUCAAACGAAUCAACGUAUUUCAAGACUAUGGGAGAAGAAUCAGGCAAUCCUUUCUUGGAAAGCAUAAGAAAGCAAACAGAGUUUUUUAAUACUUCGUUACCAGAAUUGUUUAUGCAAACAUUGGAGACAAAUGAAACAUUUCAAAAGCAAAUAUCAUUCAUAUUUUCUUAUCUUAUUUUAAAAUUGGACCCAAAUUUUCUCGAAAAUAAUUAUAAUUUACCAGAAAACGAAUUAAAAAAAAAUUACGAAGAAUGUUUGCUUCAUACUUCUAAAUUAUUGACAAAUUUUGUUAUAGAAAAGGAUAUAUCAAUGUUAUCAACAGUAAAAGCACCAAACUAUUUAAAUACUGACAUUGGUUUACAAUUUGACCAAAAUAAAAGAAUGUUUAUACCAUUAUUUGUAAAUAAUAAUAAUAAUAAUUAUGUUGCUAAUAAAAAGUCAAGAAUCAAUGACUAUAAUAAAAACAAAGAACAAUACGAAUUAUUCGAACCAAACAAUGACACGAAUAAUAUUGUUUUGAAUUCAGAACCACAAAUUCCAUAUGUUCAACCUUUUUAUACUGAUCAUGAUAAAAGUGCUAUUAUAAAUUCUUGUGAAGAAAAAUCAGCUAAGACUGAAUUAAAAACCAAAACGGCUGCUUUUCCACAUCAAAAUUAUAUUAAAGAUAAAAGUAAAAAUGAAGUGAAUAUAUUUGAUGCAAUAUUAAGAGGAGAAAUAACAUAUAAUGAAUUUGAUAAAAUCAAUCUUUUUAAUGAAACCAAUCCAUUUAAAAUAACAUUAAAACCGAAAGGUAAAAACAGUCAAUAUGAAACGUCUAAUAUGAAUUUUUUCACAUCAUUAAGGAGUAAUGUAAUAGAAGAAUCAUCAAUUAAUUCAACAUUUGUAUCAACAUCAAAUAUCGCCGGGAUAUCAAACGAAUUAGGGUACGAUAGAAAAAAAUUUAAUCCUAAUUCCGAACAUAACUUCAAUAUGCCAAGUACAGAAUAUAUUAAUAAAUUAAAAGUUCUUGGUUCACAAGAACCGAUAAAUUCUGAGAGAAAUUACAUUAAAGACGUGGAGAAUGGACGGUUAUCUCUAGUAAAUGUUCCAAAUAAAUCAUACAUAAAUCAAUCAUGUAUGGACUCAAUAGGAAUGUCUAACAUACAUCAACAGUACCAAGCUACUGCAGCUAAUUCUAAUAAUUACGAAAAAGCAAAUACAAAUUUUGAUUCGAAGUAUACAAGCUAUCCCUAUAGAAAAUAUACAAAUAAUAACGAAGGGAAUAUUAAUUCUGAUCGUUGGGAAGGAGCUGCUGUAGAAAUUAAUACAGUAUUGACAGCAAUUUAUUUUCGAAAAAUAGAUUUAAGCAAUAAGGAAAUCUAUAUAUUUCAUUUGGAUAAUCAAGGAUGGUUACGAGUGGAGGAUUUUGUGAGCGAAUGUACUAAUUAUAAAACAAUUACAGAAUUCUACGAAAAGUUAGAUAACAAUUGUCUUUCUGUUAUUGAAUUUAAGACAAUUAAAAAAUAUCCACUUUUUCUAUACGAUCAUAUGACUUUAACUGGGAUUAGAGAGGAGAUGAACAAGGGUUUAUCUAUUCAUCUGAUAAAUAUAAAUUGUAUUUUAAUUAUAAUGGGUAAACUUGGAAUAAUUCCGCCCGGAGGUCAAUAUGAUGAUAUUAUUGGAGUAGAUAAUAAAGCAUUUUUCUAUAAUGCAUGUAUUGUAAAGGCUAAAUAUCGGGCAUUGAGAUCUUCUAUACCAAAAAGGUUGGAAUGAAUAUUAAGUUGAAAUUAUAACUUAACUAAAAAAUCAAAGUACGCAUGGACUUGAUAUCAGGUAUAUAUAAUGAUAAAUUAUAAGCCUCUUAAUAAAAAAUGUGAUUAUGAAAGGUGUAAAUUAUUUUUGUAUCAGAUGUAAAUCAGAUGUAAAAAUUCAUGUAAAAAUAUAUUUUUUUAAUACAAUUCAUAUAUAGGAAAUAUAUAAGAAUCAUGUAUUAUAAAGUAUAAUAUCAAACAUAUAGAAUUAUGUUAUUAAUAAGAAACAAUGUGUAUUUAUUAUACUAAACGCUUUUUAUGCAACCAAAGUUCUU